AUGUCCUUUGAGUGCCUGCAGUGCCGCAAGUGCUUUAGUCUAGCAGGAAACCUAAGAAUUCAUGAAAGAGUUCAUACUGGGGAAAAGCCUUACAAAUGUAAACAGUGUGGCAAGAGUUUUAGCCAAGCAGGAGCCCUAAAGAUUCAUGAAAGAGUUCACUCUGGGGAAAAGCCUUAUGAAUGUAAACGGUGUGGCAAGUGUUUUAGCCAAGCAGGAACCCUAAGGAUGCAUGGAAGAGUUCACACUGGGGAAAAGCUGAACAAAUGUAAACAGUGUGGCAAGUGUUUUAGCCAAGCAGGAACCCUAAGGAGUCAUGAAAGAGUUCACACUGGGGAAAAGCCUUACGAAUGUAAACAGUGUGGCAAGUGUUUUAGUCUAGCAGGAAACCUAAGAAUGCAUGAAAGAAUUCACACUGGGGAAAAGCCUUAUGAAUGUAAACAGUGUGGCAAGUGUUUUAGCCGAGCAGGAGACGUAAGGAUUCAUGAAAGAGUUCAUACUGGGGAAAAGCCUUAUGAAUGUAAACAGUGUGGCAAGUGUUUUAGCCAAGCAGGAUACCUAAGGAUUCAUGAAAGAGUUCACACUGGGGAAAAGCCGUACGAAUGUAAACAGUGUGGCAAGUGUUUUAGUCUAGCAGGAAACCUAAGGAUGCAUGAAAGAGUUCACACUGGGGAAAAGUCUUGCGAAUGUAAACAGUGUGGUAAGUGUUUCUGUGAAGCAGGAAGCCUGGGGAAGCAUGAGAGAAUCCAGACCCUUGUUGAGUCACGUAAAUGUUUCCGGAAAAACAAAAGUGUUUCUAAACGUUUGGAAUCUUUCAAGCGGAAGAGAGCGGGAGGUAAAAACGUUAUUGUUAGAGCCAUAGGUUUUAGAAACAACCUUCAAACACAGAGGAAGACUGGAAACGCUGAUGUAUCAGAUGCACAAUUGGUCAUCUUUGAGAAUUACGGCUGCUGGAUUUGUCAAGAGGAGAUGAGUAGUGAGGCUCUUCUUCUUCAACAUUAUGAAAAUCAUAUGACAUAUGUUUGUGAAGAUGACUCUUAA